GCGCUCUGACGAACAGGAAGUGAAUGAAACGAAACCUUUCUCUACUUUCUGUGAUUCCGUCGUUACAGUUUGAAGGACACAGAAAUGGCAGAAAGUGAACAUCAUGAGCAGUUCGUGUGUUCGAUCUGUUUGGAUACUCUGAAGGAGCCUGUGACUAUUCCAUGUGGACACAGUUAUUGUCUGAUGUGUAUUAAUGACUGCUGGGGUCAGAAGGAGCAGAGACCACCGUACCGCUGUCCUCAAUGCAGAGAGAGCUUCACUCAGAGACCUCUGCUGAAGAAAAACACUCUUUUAUCUGAGAUGAUGGAGAAGCUGGAGAAGACGUCUCUGCACACGGCUUCGUGCUCUCAGGAGAACUCUUGUGUGGAGUGUGACGUUUGCACUACAGAGAAGAACAGAGCUGUCAUGUCCUGUCUGCAGUGUUUGGCCUCUUUCUGUGAAUGUCACCUGCAGCCUCACUAUCAGUCUCCUGUCUUCAUGAAGCACAAACUGGUCAAAGCCACCACACAAGUUCAAGAGAACGUGUGUGUUCAUCAUGGAAAACUAAUGGAGAUUUACUGUCAGGAUGACAACCAGUGCAUUUGUUACUUGUGCAUGAUUGACUGUCACAAAGGCCACAGUGUGGUAUCUGUGGAAUCUGAAUGGACAAAGAAAAAGAAAGCGUUGCAAAAAACAAAGGUGACAUGCACAAAGAUGAUCCAUGGUCGAGAGAGAGGUCAACGGGAACUCGGUGAGGUUGUGAAGACUUUUAAAAUUUCAGCUCAAGAAGCUGCAGAAGAAUGUAAGAAGAUCUUUACUGAGCUCAUCUGCUCUCUUGAGAAAAAAUGCUCUGAGAUAAAUGAUCUGAUCGGCGCUCAGGAGAAAGCAGAGACCGAUCGAGCAGAAGAUCUUCACAGACAGCUGGAUCAAGAGCUGACAGAGCUCAGACAAAAAAAGACAGAGAUCGAGAACCUUCUAAUGACAGAAAAUCAGGUCAAUUUUCUGAAGGGUUUUCAGUCUGUGUGUACUUUACCCACACGUGAAGACAUUCCCGGCAUCACUCAGAGCCCUCAUGUGUCAUUUGAAGGCGUUUCAAUUUCAGGAUUCAAAGAGGCUUUGGAAGAGAUCUGUCAGAAGGAAACAGACAAAAUAUCUCAUGAAGUGUCACAAGUCCAUAUUGCAGAACCUCCAGAACCAAAGACUCGAAAAGAUUUUUUGCAGUAUUUUUGUCAACUUCAAGUGGAUCCAAACACUGCAUACCAAAGUCUCAUCCUGUCAGAUUGGAAUAGAAGGAUAUCAUGCACAGUUAAAGUCCAACAGUACCCUUGUCACCCAGAGCGAUUCGAUUCCUUCUGUUACAUCAUGUGUAGAGAGGCAUUGUGUGGUCGCUGUUACUGGGAAGUUGAGUGCAGUGGUAAAAAUUGGGCUGUUGGAGUUUGCUACAAGGGAAUUGAGCGUAAGGGAAUCAGUGAUGGCGGCAGACUCGGCUUUAACAACAAAUCCUGGAGAUUUGGCUUUUAUCAGGAGCAGUUUGGUUUUAUUCAUGAUAAAGUAAGAACACCUCUCACUGCGGCCUCUAGAAUCGGGGUGUAUCUGGAUCAUAAGGCAGGAACUCUGUCAUACUAUAACAUCACUAAAACAAUGACCCCAAUGUUCAGAUUCCAGACGUCAUUUACUGAGGCGCUGUACCCUGUGUUUCAGAUUCUUUCUGAUUCAUCUGUUAGGAUCAUAGAGAGGGAGAGAGUGCAGAAAGAAAACUCGUAAACACAGAAUGUAUCACA